AUGACGAAAACUUUACUUAUAGACGUGUUGCUUCUAUGUAUAUUGGGUCUUUUAACGUUUAAUGCCCAAGCAAAAAUAGAAUCCUAUCGUCCCGUAGUCUUAUGGCAUGGCAUGGGUGACAGUUGCUGUAACCCAGAAAGCACGGUUAAAUUCAAAGAGCUAUUAGAACAAGUACUUCCUGGUGUUUACGUGCAUUCUAUAAUGCUGGGUAAAAAUGAAGAGGAGGAUAAGAGAGCGGGAUUUUUUGGAAAUGUCAAUAGACAGGUAGCUGAGGUUUGUAAAGCAUUACAGGCUGAUGAACAAUUAAAAUACGGAUUCAAUGCUAUUGGAUUUUCUCAGGGUGGCCUGUUUUUCCGCGCAUAUGUACAACGAUGUAAUGAUCCACCCGUCCAUAACUUAAUUACAUUUGGUUCACCACAUCAAGGUGUCUCUGAUAUUCCUGGAUGCGAAAAAAGCGAUGGCUGGUGUCGAUUAAUGCGCAGCAUAGUAAGACGGGGAGCAUACUCCGGUUACGUACGCUCUCGCGUAAUACCUGCGCAAUAUUAUAAAGAUCCGACAAGACUAGAACUCUACAAAAAGCUAAACAUAUUUUUACCCGACAUUAAUAAUGAAUUGGAAGUCAAGAAUGCGACGUACAGAGCAAAUUUAGCAUCUUUGAAUACACUUGUUUUGAUCCAAUUUACGAAGGAUGUUACAUUAAAGCCAAGAGAUAGUGCGUGGUUUUCAUUCUACGGCGAGGAUGGUGAACUACAAGAUCUUUAUGAUACACCAUUAUAUAUUGAAGAUUGGAUUGGUCUGAGACAAUUGGACGAAGAGGAAAAACUAGAGUUCAAAGAGAUAGAAGGAGUUCAUAUGGAAAUCGAUGAAGAUUUUUUUGUCGAAGAGGUCAUUGAGCCUUAUCUUCAAGGCCCCGAAUCUGCUAAAAUGCACUUAAUCAAGCAGAGCCAUAAAAACAGAGUUUUUGCGAAAUUUUGGAACUCACUUAAAAAUUUGUUUAUCAAGUUUUUUUUGAAGUAA